AUGUCCUUCAUCUUCCGCCGAUUCUUCUCCAGCACAACAUCCACCAUGUCCGACGCCGCUACUCAGAAGGCUAAGCAGCUCAUCAACGACAACGCUGUCGUUGUCUUCAGCAAGUCUUACUGCCCCUAUUGCUCCAACACCAAGCAGAUCCUCGACGGUCUCAAUGCCAAGUACACCACCUACGAGCUCAACCAGGAGAGCGACGGCUCCGAUGUCCAGGAUGCCCUUCUCAAGUUGACCGGCCAGCGCACCGUUCCCAACAUCUUCAUCGGCAAGCAGCACAUUGGCGGUAACUCCGAUCUCGAGGCUGUUGUCAAGAACGGCAAGAACGGCAAGAAGAUCCAGGAGCUCCUCCAGGAGGCUGGUGCUCUCUAA